UGAAAUGUGUGUUAUUGUAUAUCGAACACACUUUGCGGAAGGAUGCCUGGUUUUUUUAUGAUAAUACAAAUUUACAACUUAGGCCUACAUAAUAAAUGUUUUGAAGGGAAAAAGAGGAAGUAAAAGAGAAAAAACCACAAAACUGUAGCAUUCAGAUAACAUGACGAGUCUUCACACUUGACGAGCUUUCACUGGAUUCACAUAACUACAAUGUGUAUGUUCCGUCAAGAUAGUCCAGAGGAAAUACAGGCCUGCCGUUAUCGUUCUGGUUUACAUGAGUCGAUCCUGGAUCAUCUAUAGCUACAUUUUCUGCAAUAUCAAAACAGCUUAAUUAUCGUCUUUCGAGCUCGAUCGACAUAAUCAUCUUCACUUCAAAAUGCAGUCUGGUGUCUGUACCCUCCUGGGAGUGUUGAUUGCUUUGUCGGUGACUGGUUCAAGCAUCGGCCUUCAAUGUUACUAUUGUAUCGGUAGCGUCGACGAUUGCGGAGAUCCGUUCAACACUACCACUGCCGUCACUAUGACGUGCCAAGCGGACGGGAGCACGUGUGCGGUUGCGAAGCGCAUCGACAAUGGAGUUACGCAAAUAUUCCGCACAUGUACACCUGUAAACGUGACCGGUAUUGGUGUAGUGCAGUGCACCCCUGGGUGUUUCCCACCACCCAUUGAUACUUGUGCCGAGUGCUGCAUGGAGGACCGGUGCAACGGUGGUCCGGUACCAACCAACGGUGGUCCAGAACCAACCCAACCGACACCAGAUCCCGAGCAGCCCCCUCAAUCGUCUCCCUCCCCGAUAGGCAAAGGGGCCACUUUGGCCCCCAACCUGAAAUCAGCCUUGUCCUUGAUGGCGGCACUGGCCAUGUACUUGGCCCUGUAGUGAAGCCAUAUGGUAUCACUGGACACUUACGAAGGCCCCCAGUAAUGGCUGAAGCACUGCUGCCCAAUGACGGUUAGCCUGAAUAAUCCCUUGCGCAAUGUUUCAGCCAUUACUGGAGACGUAUGUUGGUGAACGGUGAUUGGCAUAGGGUACACAGUACAGGGUGAGUUAAAAACAAAAAAGAACAAAUGGCGCCCCCUAUUGUCUGAACAAGUUCUGCAUAUGUAUAUGGCUAGUUCAAGAUCUAUGAUAUUUUAGAAUGCCCAAAUAAUAAGCUUCCUUUUCAGUGAAAGAAUCAUUCAAAUCGCUCACAUUUUAAAACAACAUGCUUUAUAAUGUCGAGAGUUUAUAGUCUUGCCCUGCCUUCUACUUGGCUACCCGGAGACUUAUGGGAUUAUUCUGAUAUCGUGUUCAGGAUACAACAUGGUUUCAUUUACUGCAAUAUCUCGUAGCUUAAACGUGAUCCGUGGACAUAAUUUCCAAACUGUGCUUGUGUUCAAAAUUCUAUAACUGGAAAAAUACACAAGUGAUUUGAAUGAUUCUUUUACUAAGGCCUAAUUAAUUGGGCUUUCACAUCCUUGAUCUGGAAAGUGCUAUAUCUGGAACUUCCUUAGGAAAAAAGGGCCGACAUUUGAGUUUCUUUUGGGUUUUUUUACUCACCUUGUGUACAAUGUCUACAUAUUCCUGAUAUACACAGCAGGGUGACAAGUGAAGCCGUAAAAUGUUUACAUGUACACAGAAAAGGUACACACUUGCAUUGUUAAUCCAUGUAUGUUAUUUGGUAAUAAUUUGGUAUCUAUAAGUUACUUUUGGGGAGGGGAUAUAAUUGCAAUACAAGCACUUACUUGACUUUAUUUCCAUCCAAGCUAGGUACAUAAACAAUAAUUAGCCACUUUAUUAUUAGUAUACUAAACCACGACAAAAUCAAAACAUUUUCGUGGUGUUAAAACCCCAUGCGUACGGGAAGCGGUCAUGGCCGCGGCCGCUAAUCCUCAUUUGAAUGUGUGUUGCCAGCUGUGGUAUGCCGUGGCACACGGCUAGUGGGUAGUUCCACAGCUGCUGCUUUUGUGCAGUCCCGCUACCACACAAAGGCUGUGCAGUCAUGCGGGCCACUUGCUCUAAGUGUGGAGGAAUGUCCCCAUUACACCCCGUCCUUAAGGGGUUAAGAAAUAUAAGGCAGAGAUAGAGGGGACCCGAAAGAAGCAAGGCUUGUCGAGUGCAAGCCCGCAUCCUCAGACGGCAUUAAGUGGGCUUAAAAGAGGGAUCGAUAAACCACACUUGAAAUACUUGGUUAUCCUACCGCUAAUCAACGUUUGCCUACAGUAUUGAUGUCCAUUUAGGAGCAACAUUCUUAAUAUUAGCAGUUCCGUAUUUAACAGGAACUAAAAAUAAAAAAUAAUUUCCCCCAAAAAUUGCAGAGCGCAGAAUGAGGAAAUAAAACCAAUAUUCGACCGUAGUGCACUCGGGGCUUGUUCUUCUCAAGUACCCGCUGGUAUCGGUCAUCGUAUAUUGUUUCUUAUGCCAACAGACCUCCUUUCUUGUGUACAUGUAGUUUAAAAAAAAAAUAAGGGCUUAAGGUUUCGGUCGCAACAAGAACUUUUUCGAAGCCAAUGAAAAGGGAUUUUUGUUUGUCAUGUCGCAGACCUACCCACCCUUUCUACAAUGAUGGGGACAUAAAGAUGUCCUUUUUGCAUCAUCAUGCCUUGUAAUUUUUUCUUUUUCAAUUCUAGGGCCCAUAGUAUUGUGACUGGUAGACGUACACAAGUUGUGUGUGGAAUCGUUUCCAAACAAUAAGAUAUUUCUCAUUCACCUCUGCAGCAUGUUGAAUUCGAUUAUCAGAAGAUAGAAGAAACAGUUAUAUACUGUUAAUAGAACUGCAUGGAUUAUGUUUAAAAGGAUCCAAUUUUACACUUAAAAGGAGUACUGUUUCUUGGUAAAGUUUAUAGUCAAUGUGUUAUUCUCUUCUCUUUCAACAAACAUGUACCUUAAUUAUAAUGCCAUUACGAACCAAUGUUGCAGUUUAAACAGUUCAUAGUACUGGAGCAGAUAGGGAAAUAUUAUUUUGGGGGAAUUGUGCCUUAGUUUGGUGAUACAAUCAUGUCAUUUGGCUCGCGGUCAGAGUAUUUCAUGAUAAAUAUAUUUGACUAUAGGCCCAUCACAGAUUUGUGCUUUGAA